UCCAUUCAAGACCAGCUCCACCACCUAAAGCCACCAGGAACUUUUUAAGGGACAAUCUGUAAUUUUUCUGCCUCCGUUUUUCUUUUUUUUUCUUUCCUUUUUUUUUUAGUUUAUACAGUGAGAUUCUUUACCAGCUCUUACAUUACAACUAUGGCGAAUGCAGGAAUACAGCUCCUUGGCUUCACACUAGCCUUCCUGGGCUUCAUUGGCGCAAUAGCAUCCACGAUCAUGGUGGAGUGGAAAGCUUCAUCCUAUGCAGGAGACAACAUCAUCACAGCCCAGGCCAUGUAUGAAGGAUUGUGGAAAUCCUGUGUAUCACAGAGCACAGGCCAGAUCCAGUGUAAAGUCUAUGACUCACUUCUCCAGCUACCAGGCAUUGUACAGGGCACACGGGGAUUGAUGCUGGCCGCCGUCUUGUUGAAUUUCAUUGCCAUCAUGGUGGCGGUGGUGGGCAUGAGAUGCACCACCUGCAUGGUAGAUCAAGAAGAGCAGAAGGACAAGGUGGCGCUGGCUGGAGGAAUUGUCUUCAUUAUCGCAGGUCUGCUCACUCUGGUGGGAACAUCUUGGUAUGGUCACAGAAUUGCUAAGGAUUUCUACAACCCAUUCACUCCUACCAAUGCAAGGUAUGAAUUUGGAAGUGCCUUGUAUGUGGGAUGGGGAGCUGCUUGUCUCAUCAUUAUAGGAGGGAGCUUCCUGUGCUGCACUUGUCCUGCCAAAGGUGCAGGGAAAUCUCCACGCUACCCACACACUCACUCUGCCGGACAGACGGGCAAGGACUACGUCUAGAGGGACAAUUGCUCCGUCCUGCCUCUGUUUUGCAGUGUGUAUAUUUGAAGGUCUUAUAACUGAUGUGUGUUUUUUAGUUGUUGGGAUAGUCAGUUUGUUGUCUUUCAUAUAAACCCCCACCCCCCCGAAUAGGGAUGCACGAUAUUGGACUUUAGAUAUUGGAGAUGGGACAUACCACUUUUUUGUGAACAAAACUGAUACCGAUAUCACAAACUACAGUCAUUUUAUGCUGAGUCAUUUCAAAGAC